UGAGCAGGAGAGAGCUAGAGGCGCACGAUGGGAGCAACUUUGUAUUAAUAAAUGAUCAGAUAAGUUCGAGAAGCAUCAAGCGAAGCGAAGAAGUCAAAGCAGGAACAAUAAGGAUCUGAAUCUGGAUGAUUCAUGCUGACUUUACUCGACGAGGACGAACAUAGAUCGCCAGUAGUGCUGUCGCUUUCGCCUUGCUCUGGUGUGGCAUUGAUCUGGUCUGAUCUUUACUGAUCUGACGGGUUUAUUCGUUUAAAAGUCGCGAGGAUGGCGCUCGCGUGAACCCGUCUGGUCGCUCUCGGGUCCGCAGUGAUGCAGUGAAGAUGGGUGCUGCUGUGGCGAGUCAGGCAUGCGCGGGCGGUUGAGCUGGCGUUGAGUACAGGAAGAAUGCACUUAUCCCAUGUCGGCACCAACAAAAUCUGCUUCCUGCUUUCCCUGGCAUUUUGUGCCCUACUGGUGCUCCUUAUUCCCUCCUUACAACCUGCACAGCGUCAGGCGGAUCUGCCCCAACCGCGACCCCCUGCCAAGCCCCCCAGAGCCGGACGCAGACACGACCUCUACGGGAACCCUGGCCAAGGAAGUCGUGAUGCCAAGGAUGGUAGUUUCAUUCACCCACUUCCUCCCGGAGGCCGACUCUGGGACCCACAGACGAUGUUAGAGGGGGACACUGCACACGCUAACUCCCCUGGGUCACGUUCCAAAGACUCAUUGGAUUUGAGAGACAUUUUUAUUGCCGUUAAGACCACCAGGAAGUAUCACAAGUCCAGACUGCAGCUCCUGUCUCAGACCUGGGUGUCCAAAGCCAAGGAACAGACGUUUAUCUUCACUGAUGGGGAGGAUAAGGAGCUCAGGCAGAAAGCAGGGCUCAACAUCAUCAACACCAACUGCUCUGCGGCGCACACGCGUCAAGCCCUGUGCUGCAAGAUGUCUGUGGAGUAUGACAAGUUCAUCGAGUCACAAAAAAAGUGGUUCUGUCACGUGGAUGAUGAUAACUAUGUGAUCCUGCCCAGUUUGCUGGAGCUGCUGUCGUCCUACUCUCACACACAAGAUGUGUAUCUGGGCCGACCCAGUCUGGACCACCCCAUAGAGGCCGCCGAGAGGGUCAAGAGCGACGGAUCGGUGUCAGUGAAGUUCUGGUUCGCCACUGGAGGAGCUGGAUUCUGCAUCAGCCGAGGCUUAGCGCUCAAAAUGAGUCCAUGGGCAAGUCUUGGAAACUUCAUCACAACUGCAGAGAAGAUCCGCCUCCCGGACGACUGUACAGUAGGUUACAUCAUCGAGGCGUUGCUGGAAGUUCCUCUGACACACACAGGCCUGUUCCACUCACACCUGGAGAAUCUCCAGAGACUCCCUACAGACAGCAUACUCAAACAGGUGACCCUCAGUUAUGGUGGAUUCGAGAACAGGAGGAAUGUGGUCAGUGUUGGGGGAGUGUUCUCAUUGGCUGAAGACCCUUCACGGUUUAAAAGCAUUCACUGCCUGCUCUACCCAGACACCGAGUGGUGUCCACGCAAGACUCGUCACUGACCGCUGGGAGACACAACUCUUCAUGCCAAAAUAAUACUCCGAAUAACUCAGCUGGUUGGUGGUAUGUGAAGCUAGUCAACACGUGUUUGUUUGGUACUUUAUAUGUGUUUAUGGAGAAACAGGGUGGCUGUAAUUUAUUGUUGUCCUGAAAUAGUGUUUUUGCCAACUGAUUUACAUAUAAUGAGUCCCUGUUGUAAGAGCGUUU